AGACCAUACAAAAGUUCAAAGAUGUCCGGUAGACAAGGUGGUAAGCUCAAGCCUCUUAAGAAGCCAAAGAAGCAGCAAUUCGAAGACGAGGAAGAUCUUGCUUUCAAGAAGAAGAAGGCUGAAGAAGCCAAGAAAUUGAAAGAAUUACAACAAAAGGCUGCUGGCAAGGGCCCUUUACUUGGUGGUGGUAUUAAAAAGUCCGGAAAGAAAUAGGCGCACCCAUUUGUUUAAAUUAUACAUAUGUAGAUAUAUCAAGCUUAUACACUUAUAAAACUGAAUAAACAAAUUCGUUGUGAAUCAGUAAGCAUUUAUAAACAUGAACGUGCAACUUUUCGGGCAAUUCUUUGACAGCUUUCAAGGUGACGUGAGCGAUUAAGAGUAAAAGAGAGCCAAAGUUGUAAGUUGGUGCACUAUCAUAGGCUUUUUCCCACGAUGGCGUCUGUACCCGCUUUCCAAUAUGCUCUCACGUCCCUUUUCUUUCGUCAUAAACGUAUCUACUUCUUUCUCAUU